UUGCUUUUUAAGAAAGCGUGAGUCUGUCAUUUAUUAUUUGUGUUUGUUUUACGAUAAUAUCACCGUGAAGAUAGUGAAUAAACUAAAAGAUAGUGACUAAACUAAAAGUGAAGUCGGUGAAAUUUUAUUGAAACAUGCAGACUGGUAGUGGAACAAAAAACCCGCCAUGGGCUCGAUCCAACGUGAGUGCGAACAUGACCGGCAUGAAUCCACAAAUAAUGGACGCUAAUGCUAUGAUGACACAACAAAGCAUGUUGCCUUUUCAACAAACUCAAGCAGUAUUCAAUCCGAGUAUGAUGCAAGCUCAAGGUGGAAUGGCUAUGCCGAUGACGGGCCAGAUGCAAAUGAAUCAAAUGGCUCAAGGUCAGAUGUAUCCCGGCAAUGUAGUUGCUUAUCCAACCCCUCGUACUAUGAACCCUAAUAUGUACCAGCAGACCCCAGCGUCGAAUCAAACACAACAAACAAACGAGCAACGAGUGUUUACCGGUACGGUGACAAAAACGCACAACGAUUUUGGAUUUGUCGAUCACGAUGUUUUCUAUCAGACUUCAGUAUGUGCGAAGGGUUCCAUACCGAAGGUCAACGACAGGGUCCUGGUCGAGGCCACCUACAACCCGAAUAUGCCUUUCAAGUGGAACGCUACGCGAGUUCAAGUUCUGCCUAAAACGGGACCCAAUCUUAAUACGAAACCGCCCAAAACAAAUUCAUAUAACGCAGUUCCGCCGCCUGCGAACAAGAAGUCAAUCCCACCGCGACGUGACGAUCGUCGUGACGACAGGCAUCCACGAAGAGAGGACAGAAAAAGAUCCCGAACACGGUCUCGAUCCAGAUCUAGAAGCCGACGUGAAAUUCGGAGGGACUCCCCUCCGCGCAAGCGUCCUGUUGUGCAUCAACCGUCACCAGUGAAACAUAUUGUUCGAGUUCCUAGAAUACCUCUAGACAUAAAAACCCUGGACGUACCCACCUUAUCUCAGAGAUACACCAACUUGUAUAUACCAUCUGACUUCUUUACUGCCUAUGUAAAGUGGGGAGAAACUUUCCCUCCGGAGGCACCAUUUUCUCUUAACAAUCCUUGCUCCUAUCACAUUAUGAGCAAGGAGGCACCAAACCCUGAGCCAAAUGAUGCUGUGUUGGAGCCACCAGAUGCAGAUUACAGAUUUUCAGCUAAGGUAAUGUUAAUAAGUAUGCCAACUCUGGAAUCACUAUACCAAAAGUGUGGAUUGACGAAAGUUGAUGAAAAAGACAAGAGAUCCUCGAAGUCAACUUUACAUCCCACUCGGUUGAUUAAGUUCCUAGUUGGUCAGAAAGGAAAAGGGGGAGAGAACUUUGCUAUUGGUGGACCAUGGAGCCCUUCAUUAGAUGGUGAAGACCCUCAAAAUGACCCCGGUGUACUGAUCAAAACUGCAAUAAGAACUUGUAAAGCUUUAACUGGCAUUGAUUUAUCUCACUGUACCCAAUGGUACCGCAUGGUGGAGUUUUACUACUGGCGCGAGGGCAGCGGCGGCAAAUCGCGACUCGAGAGUGUGGUGUUGUACCUGCCAGACGUGUGGUCUACUCAGCCGUCGCGAAUCGACUGGUCCACGUUUCAAGAGAAAUAUAAGGCAGCCGGCGAGGCGGCUUUAAGGAAACUAGACGGGGAAGAACCGGCCGACGAGAGCGUCGUGCCCGCGCCGGAGCCGGCGCCGGCGCAGCCUGCGGCAGCGGAGCCCGAGCCGGCGGACAAAUCCCAAAUUGAAACGUCCACUGCUAACGACAGUACUAUCACGAUAGAUGAGAAUGAUGACGAUGAGGACAAGCCAGAACCGACUCAUUACUCCAAACUGGACAUGAGGACUAUUAAAGUUGACCAGUUGAGGCACGAGUUGAGAGCCCGUAAUGUCAGUUGUAAAGGUUUAAGGGCUCAAUUGGUGUCACGACUAUCGAAGCUUAUCAAAGCAGAGGAGGAGAAAGAAAGUAAAAGUGAAGAUGUAAUGGAUGUAGAAGAUGAACCUGAAACAAAACAGACUGAGUCUGAGAACAGUAAAAAAGAAAAUAAAGAUGAUGCAGAAGUUAUCACCAUUGAAGCAGAUAAGCCGGAAGUAGAGGAUAAAAAAUCUGGUUCACCUGACAAGGAAAUAGAAAUUAAAGAUGAUGAUAAGAAAGAUUCGAAGGACAAUGAAGAUACGGAAAAGAAAGACAAACCAAAGACUGAAAAAGAAAUUGAAGAGGAAAAGAAAAGGAUUGAAAAAGAAAAGCAGAAUAUUAAAACACAAUACGAGCUACCCACCACACCUCAUAUAAUUGUGCACCCUUCGGCCACUGCCAAGGGUGGCAAGUUCACAUGCAGUGUAGCUACACUCUCUCUCUUGCUAGAUUACAGGAUCACUGACAAUAAAGAACACAGUGUCGAGCUAUUCGUGUUCGCCGAAAUAUUCAACGAAAUGCUCAUGAGGGACUUUGGGUUCUACAUCUACAAAACACUGUACACGCUGCCAGAGAGAAUUGACGAUAAAAAGGAAAAAGAAAAGAGUGUGGAAAUCACUGAUAAAAAAGAUGAAGUCAAGAAAGAAGAAAACGACAAGAAAGAUGACAAACGUGACGAGAAACGGGAGUCGCGAAAACGUGAAAGACGCGCGUCGAGCUCGGAGUCUCGAUGCGAGUUACCGCCCGACCCUUAUCUGCUGCUGUCCCUGGUGUACUUCGACACGGCGCGCUGCGGCCAGCUCGCCCGCAAGGAGCUCCACGCUCUGUUCAGCAGUUUAGGCCUCCAGCUCGCUCGCUCGCAGACGAGGGCCCUGCUCGAUCGAGUGUGCUACAAGGAUGUGUUUAUGUACAAGACACUAAUUCAAGCAAUUAAAGAUCUUGCGUCUGGCGCGCCUGAAGCGAUCCAAGACUUACCUUUAGACAGCUGCACUAUUGCCCCCAGCGAAGUACCACCACAUAUUGCCGAGUUAGAAGCGACCAUAGCGACUGGAAACCGCAGUCUCCUUCCAGUAUUCGGAAGAAAAUCUGACGAUGAUGAAAAUUCAUCACAAGAAACCUUGGAUGUUACGAAAUCAGGUGUUGUUAUGUACGGCGGCCGCGCUAUCGAAGUGGCGUCCCUGGUCGCCGCUGCGGACAAGUGGGCGGGGACUCGAGCGCGUCUAGAGGCGGCGCUCGAGGCGACGCGCUCGCAGCUGCGGGCCGCGCGCGCCGCCGCCCACAGCACGCAGCAGGCGGAGCGCGGGGCGCACGCGCAGCUCACAGACCUGUCCGCCAGCCUCGCCGCCGCGAGAGCUAGGAUAACUAGCCUGACGGCCAGCUCAAAAAUAUUCCAUUCAACACUGAAAAACAUCCAGUCAAAAGUUGAAGCUGUUGUUAAUAUCAAGUAUGAAGAUGAUGAUGUGGUUGAAAUAGUUAAUGGACCAACAAAAACUGAAAAAGAAACAAAGGAAGAAAAAGAUGUCAAACCAGAGGUAACGGAGCCUGUUAAAACUCCGGAAACUACUAACGGCGACAACUCAGAGAAAGAUGGAGACGAAGACACUAAAGAAAAGGAAAAAGACAAUGACGCAUCAGAAAAUAUGGACUUGGAUGACAAGUAGAGGGAUAAUCGGAUCGAGUCGCGACACUUGAAAAUGCGGUUAACAUAAUAUGCAUAAAAUUCAGCGAUGCGUAAUUUCGAAUUCUUUAAGUAGUUAGUAGGCCUACUACGAAACCGUUUUGAGACUCAAAUAAUCGGACGAGAAUG